CUUCGUCAAUUCCGUCACUGCAGUGGGCAGUUUUCUGUGAAUUGUUGUUCAAUGUGGAAUUCGGAGUAAAGAGAGCACAAUUGCUGCGGGAAUGCUGUUUGUUUACAUUUAGUCGCGCGUCACAAUAGAUGAUUGUCCACAGAAGAAGACUACCGCGUUGGCACCAUUAGAAGUGUACGCAAGGAAAAACAUUCAUCCGUAGUUGCGCAUAUAUGCACCACGUUGCAUUCGGCAUCGCACGCAAAACACACACACCGUUCGAACGGCCCACGAUUCGUUGGGUUCUGCGGCGUAGUUGAUGAGCACUAUCAAAUACUGGCUCCUGGUAGCGUUCCGGCUGUUUACGCAUUUUUUCAUUUGACAAUUUAACCGCAUCGGGCAGCUAACGCUCACCAGCGCGGCGAGCGCAUCCGGCGGCACUAGCACUAGCUUCUCGCCCACGGCCAGCUGUGGCUAUCUGUCCGUGUCGAAUCUCACGGAGGUGGUGGUGGUAGGUGAGUCGUCGCCGUCGCCACAGCAGCAUCGGGCCACCGUCAAGAGCCGUUGCCCGAGUGUUGCCGUUGUCUGUGAUAGUGAAAGUAGCAGCGUCGCGAUGCUGGACCUGGACCGUCAUCCGCUGCCGGAUCAGCUCGGCUAUCUGGUCCUGUCCGAGGAUGGGUCCGUACACGCUUCCGGCGGCGAGCUGGAAAACGAUGAGCGUAGUGCGAACAUUAUAAGCAACCUGCUAACGCUCACCGAAAGUGUCGAUCCAGCUGUAUUCAGUGCACGCUCGUGCAGGAAAGUGUCGAUCGUGUUCGCCGACCACAGCUACACCAUAUGCCUUUCGAACAAACGCAUUUACGUCGUGAAGAAGCGGAACCGGCCGGACGCCAGCGCUACCGGCACCCUCGAGUCGGACGGGCAUUCGAUACUGGCCUGAUUUUGUGCGCGCUUUUCGGAACUAAAAUAAACGAUUCGAUCCGCUUUACUUUCUAA